AUGUCCACCCCCCACCGCAUCCCCGGCCUCUCCGCCUUCUCCCGCACCCAAAUAACCGCCGCCCAAUACGCCUCCCACGGCCGGACGCUCCAAGAAACCCACGCCUCCUCCCUGCAGACCCAACUCGCCGUCUUCCAGUCCCUGCUCCACCAGUUCGCCGUCACGCACGCCAAGGACAUCCGCUCCAACCCGACCUUCCGCGCCGAGUUCGCCAGGAUGUGCAACGCCAUCGGCGUGGAUCCGCUCGCGUCGAGCCAUACUGCGAGAGGCGCGGGAGGGAAGGAGGCCGGUGGCAGCUUCUGGAGCCAGAUGCUGGGCGGGAGCGUGAAUGAUUUCUAUUUCGAGUUGGCUGUGAGGGUUGUGGAGGUGUGUCGGGAUACGAGGGCCGAGAAUGGGGGGUUGGUCGCUGUGGCGGAGGUGAGGCAGAGGGUGCAGAAGGGACGGGGGGUCGGGGGUGGGAUGGAGGUUUCGGAUGACGAUAUUCUCCGCGCCGUCAAGUCGCUCGAGCCGCUGGGCUCGGGCUUUACGAUCUUGAAUCUGGGACACAAGCAGAUGAUACGGUCGGUGCCGAAGGAGCUGAACACGGACCAGUCGACUGUGCUGGAGGCGAUACAGGUGCUUGGGCAUGUCACGCUGUCGAUGCUGCGGAUCAACCUUAACUGGGAGCGGCCGCGGGCUAUCGCUGUCAUUGACGAUCUGAUGGCGGACUCUCUGGUUUGGGUGGAUAAGCAGGCGGAUGAGACGGAGUAUUGGUCGCCCACGUUCAUUCAUGAUACGGGAGGGCAGUAG